GCGCACGUGGUUGGGAAUCCAUUGUCGUCGGGCUUCACCCGGUUUCUUUCAGCGCGGAGUUCCGGUCCUGUAUAGGAGUUUGUCCGUGAUGUAGUGAGUCGUGGAUAUCUGUCUUGAGGGUUAAAACGGCAAGGAAUCAGCGAUGAGUAAAAACAAAACACGGAAGUUGACCGAGAGCUCAGUCGACAAGUGUGUUAGACUUUUUCUGGAAGAUCGAGCCGACACUAAGAGUGCCGAGACAGUGGUGAAGGCCCUCGCGUGCGCGAAGGAUGAAGAUGGAGCGGUUGCGGCGAUUAUCGCUGUCAAUAAGAUUUUCAGUCGGGUAUUCUCAGAAGACGAGAAGUUCUUCAAAGAUGAUGAGCAUCCGCUUGCCGGAGUCUUCUCCGCAUCCUGGAGCAGUCUCCUCGCGAUCCUGCCCGAAGGCAACAAGGCGUCAGAUCUGGCUCUUCAAACUCUGCUGAUGUGGAUCGAGUGUGAGACUGUCAAGAAGUCCACUGAAACCUCGUACGGGCUGCCUGAGACUCGACUCGAAGAGCUGCUCAGGGUUCUCUGCAGCGAUUCCGCGAUGGAAAAACACUUGGUCCAAUUUCAAAACAAACUGGAGGCCUACGAUGACCUCAACUUCUACACCUGUAAAGCCCUCUGGAAAAUCAGCGACAAGUUCUCUAAGCCGACGACAGAGCUCGAGAUCCAAAAUUACUUCACGCUGAUCAAGGCGAUCCGAGUCAAAGACAAGAUCACGAAGGAUCAAACUCUCCCCACUUUCGUUGGCGAAGAGAUCGAUUUCCCGUUCAAUUUCCAAGACUUACGUAAAUUCUAUCAGUACGCAUGGGUGAACUUCCUACGAGCCGCCCUACCCGAAAAGCUGUACAUCCAUGUUCUGGUAUUCCUCGACGAAAAGAAAGUUGCCCUCUUCAAAAAUCCCUGCUUGAUGGCAGAUUUCCUCAUCGAGAGCUACAACAAAGGAGGUUCUAUAGCCCUUCUGGCUUUGAACGGUCUGUUCACACUGAUCCACAAGUACAAUCUUGAACUGCCCGACUUCUACACGAGACUGUACGCCCUCUUCAAAGCAGACAUAUUCUACCAGAAAUAUCGCGCCCGCUUCUUCUUCCUUGCGGAUCUUUUCCUCUCGUCGAGUCAUCUCCCUGCGUAUCUGGUGGCGGCGUUUGCGAAAAAAAUGGCGCGACUCUGUCUCAUCGCUCCUGCAUAUUCUCAGCUGCAUGUGAUACCCUUCAUCGGAAACUUGGUUAUCCGACACGCGGCGCUAUCCCGGAUGGUCCACUGUCAGGAGACGAAGGAUAUGAACUCAGACCCUUUCGACGAAAACGAGACAGAUCCGGCGAAGUCGAGAGCCCUCGAGAGCUCGCUGUGGGAGUUGAAGACUUUGCAGAGUCAUUGGCUCCAGAGCGUGGCCGCGAAAUCCUCCAUUAUAAACUCAGCAUUUCCGAAGAUCGAAUGGGACUUUUCGGACGUCCUCGAAGGAUCGUACGUUCAGCUGUUUGAAAAGGCCGUCAAGGACAAGUACAGAGGAUCUAUACCCACGACGAAUUACCACAAACCUAAGGGUCUUCUCAAACACGCCGACGACAAACUGAAGUCGAGUUGGAUUCUCGAAUAA